GGCUGCACGUCUUCCAGGGGCCCUCGUAUAUCCUGACCUGCUGAGGCCUAGCGCAAUCUACGGACACGACUUUAACUGCUGAGUCUUCACUCGACUCUCUGGCUUCAGUCGCGACAGUGAUCCCUCUUUUUCUACAGUUUUUUAAUUUUCCAGCACUCGCUCCGCGCUUCUUUGUGCCAUGAGUCUCCCAGAGCGCCCUUACGGCGAGUCCUCGUCCCUUGGCGACCAACACGAUACCCACCGACGCAGCUCUGCACGGAAAAUCAGUCUUACCAAGGCAGAUCAUGAGAAGGGCCAUGGAGGAGGCAUUGACAACUCCGCCGACGACCUGCUCGAGGCCAUGGGAUACCAGUCGGAGUUGGUCCGGAACAGGUCCACGCUACAGGUUGUCUUCAUGUCCUUCGUGCUGGCCUCAAUUCCCUACGGACUGGCAACCACCUUCUUCUAUCCGCUCGUUGGCGGCGGCCCAGCCAACAUCAUCUGGGGCUGGGUAACAGUGUCCAUCAUCAUUCUCUGUGUCGCUAUUUCCCUAGGAGAGAUUACGUCGGUAUAUCCAACUGCUGGCGGCGUCUACUAUCAAACCUUCAUGCUUGCGCCGCCGUCAUAUCGCAAGAUCGCCUCAUGGAUCUGUGGCUGGUCGUUCGUCGUUGGCAACAUCACAAUCACCCUGUCUGUGAACUUUGGCACCACCCUCUUCUUCGUCGCCUGCAUCAAUGUCUUUGGCAGCACUCUGGAGGCUCCCGAUGCGGGCAUCUUCCCCGCAGAGACCUACCAAGUCUUCCUAAUUUUCGUCGCCAUUACCUUCCUAUGCAACGCCGUCUCUGCCUUUGGCAACAAAUACCUCCCCCUUCUCGACACCUUCGCUAUCUUCUGGACUUUUGCAGGCGUCCUCUCCAUCAUCGUGUGCAUCCUCGCCCUGGCCAAACACGGCCGCCACAGCGCCAAAUACGUCUUCACCGACUUCGAGCCGCAGUCCGGCUGGCCGGCUGGCUGGUCCUUCUGCGUCGGCCUCCUGCAAGCAGCCUACGCGACCUCGUCCACCGGCAUGAUCAUCUCGAUGUGCGAAGAAGUCGAAAAACCCGCGACCCAAGUCCCCAAAGCCAUGGUCUACACCAUCAUCAUCAACACGAUCGGCGGGCUGGUCUUCCUCAUCCCCAUCGUCUUCGUCCUGCCCGACCUCACCCUCUUGAUCGGCCUGCUCUCGGGGCAGCCCGUCCCCACCAUCUUCAAGUUCGCCGUCGGUUCCGCCGGCGGCGCCUUCGGCCUGCUCGUGCCGCUGCUCGUGCUCGCGCUCUUCUGCGGCAUCGGCUGCACAACCGCCGCGGCGCGCUGCGUGUGGGCCUUCUCGCGCGACGGCGCCAUCCCGGGGAGCAAGUACUGGAAGGAGGUCAACCCGAAGCUGGACGUGCCCUUCAACGCCAUGAUGCUUAGCAUGGUCGUGCAGAUCAUCCUCGGCGUCAUCUACUUCGGCUCUACGGCUGCUUUCAACGCCUUCUCCGGCGUCGGCGUUAUCUGCCUGACGCUCUCGUACGCCGUGCCCAUCGCCGUCUCGCUCAUCGGCGGGCGCACGCACGUCAAGACGGGCGACUACAACAUGGGCGUUGUCGGCUUGGUCGCCAACGUCGUGGCGCUUGCCUGGUCCGCCCUCGCCAUCCCCCUCUUCUGCAUGCCCUCGUACCUGCCCGUCUCCUCGACCACCAUGAACUAUGCCUCGGUCGUCUUUUUCGCCUUCUUCGUAGUCGCGUCCCUGUGGUACUUUGUCUGGGGCCGCAAGCACUACGCCGGCCCGCCGGUGCAGGAGGACGCCGUGCUCGAGGAGCGGAGGGCGAGUAUUCGGGCGGGGAGUCUGUGAAGCUAUGAGCUGCUCUCUCUCAAUCCUAGUGAACCACGGGAUUCGGAGGAGCAGGGGGGUGUAUAUAUAUGACAGGGGUUGGUGGGAUAGUGUUAGUGUAUAGGGGGGAUGGCGAUUUAUUCGAUACGCAUGUAUAUAAUUCAUACCCUUUUGCAUCCGAAUUCAAGGAUCGAAGUGAUUCGAGUAGCCAAAAACGCUUGGGAUGAACGGGUAUCUCAUUCAAGCAUUAUCUCUCGCACAAACCGA